AUGGGGAAAAAUCUGAAAAAGAAAUUAAAGCUCAAGAGGCUAAAAAACAAAAAGAAACGGGCAAAGGCGGCAUCAUCGGCCCCUCGACAGCCAUCGCCUCCGUCUCCGUGGCUAGAACUGCCUCGAGAUGUGACGGUGGAUAUCCUGCACCGGCUGGGGGCACACGAUAUACUGGAGAGUGCACAGAAAGUCUGUACUACGUGGAGAAAUGUGUGCAAGGACCCUUCCAUGUGGCGUGUAAUUGACAUGAAAAACCUGGGUGAAUAUCAUGACUUCAUGUCGGAGUACCUGGAUACCAUGUGCCGUCACGCAGUGGAUCGCAGCGAGGGCCAAUUGACUGACAUCUACAUCGACUAUUUCGCCACCGAUGAAUUGCUACAGUACAUCUCCGAACGUGAAAAGGUGAAAUCUGGUUCUAAGGCGUUUUACCAGAUGAAUAGUUGA